UGGACCUCUUACCAGUCGAUCGCAAUAGCCGGUGAAACCAAGAAUACAAGCUGCGAGCAAUUUAAUUUGCGUUUGCCUGCUUGUCUGUUUACAAGUGUCUCCCUCAGUUCUUUAUCGUCGUUGGACGCAGACCGAUCGUCUCCAUAACCAUGGAGAAAGAACAACACGCAGAGUCCAUGGCGACGGUAAACAUCAAACCGGACUACCCUCCGUCAGAAUAUUGUUCCUCAGAACCGCCACCGGCAUAUCACAAAUCUCAAAGCUCGGCGGUACAAGUCGCAAAAAUAAUAGCGGUGACCGUUGUGCUAGUGUCCUUUGUUUUGGGCAGUUUUCUGUUAGCCUCUGCUUACGUCCAAGCUAGUGCUUCCUGUAGGCAGCUGGAACAGGACCUGGAACUUCUGAGCGAGGUCGCCGACAAAUUCGACAACCAGCAACCUUUACAGCCGCAGGCUUUGAUUCAGGACGAACCUAAACACGCAAAAAGAGAAUCGCAAAGUACCGCGGAAUCUCAAACCAAAGAUAUCGACGAUAACAGCAUCGACAGCGACAGUACUGAAUCAGAUUCGACCAGCGUUUCCGACGAAGACUCCAAAGAACCUAUCCGCUUCAAACUUCCGCUGCAACUGGACUUUGAUGAUUUGGCGGGUGCGAUGAUCGCCAAGAACCAGAAAUCGAAAAUGAACUGCAUCGUGGAGAAGAAGAAGGCGGAAGAAGUAGUUGACCACCAACCCAAAACUGUGAGGUUGCCGUUCGGAGUAAACCUCACUACCGAUCCUAGAUACGAAAGGCUUACGGGUGAAAGGAUGGUCAUCAUAUGCGAGAGUGGAAAUAUGUUAAGCGCGCAACCCCAGCAACCUGAAAAACACCAAACAGAAGACGAAGAAGACGACAAUGAACCAGACACUAUUAUGAUCCAACCUGUGAUGAUUCCUAUUCCUCACACCGCAUUCCAAACUCAUAUGCCCCAACAAGCUCAACCGUCAUAUCAGCAACAGCCACUACCUCCUCAAAUGCGUCCACUCCACCCCAUGGAGACUUUGAGGCCACCAAUGCCCCCUGUCAGACAAGCUAUGGAACCCAUGAGACCUCAAAUGGAACCAAUGAGACCUCCCUUUGAACAAAUGAGGCCUCAGAUUAUUGCCGUAAGACAGUUCGAAGGUCCGAUGAGGCCCAUGAACUCCCAACGGGAAAGUUUCGACCAAGAGCCACCAAGAGUAGUAGCCAUUCCAUUCAGACCGCCAAUGCUUCCUGAGAAACAGCAAGCUGCCCCGGAAAGGCCCCAAAUUAUGGCCAUUCCCCAAGAGGUGCAAAUUCGUGUACAAGCGCAGACGCAGUCGCAACAAGGUGAUGUUCCUCCGAACCCCAUAAUUCACCACAUCAUUCAGCAGAUUAUUGCUCAGAAAAUCGCCGAAUCUCAACGGGCCGAGCAAGAUAAUCAGGUUCAAGAAUCGAGGGAGGAUGACUACGAACCCCAACCACAGCGUGAAGUGCCAGAGAAUAUGAUGGCCCACAGAAUUCCCAUUCCUGAAGAAAUUCUGACCCAAUUGAAUAGAUUGCCAAACAACGACCGCGUUAUCGUAGCCGUAUCUGAAAAUGAUUCUUCCGAGGACGAUUCUUCUUCUUCCUCCUCUUCUUCCGACGACUCGUCGCAAGAUUCUCAGGAGAUGCAGUUGGUACAGGAACCGAGACAGACCGCUUCGGAAAUGAACGGAAGGCAAGCGUACGCCAGACGACUUCCGGUGAGCAUUCCGGUGAACAUGAUGCAGCAGCAGAUGCACGAACAAGACCAAGAGCCACAAGCCGUCGCUUCUGAGGACGUUCGCCCACAUUACGUGCAACCCAGAUCAAUUCCGGCCGAUGAUGGGCAGGCCAAAUCUAGAGUCGCCAGAUCCGUCAACCCCCUUGUUCCGGAAAAGAGGGUGAAACGUUGCUCGUGCGACUGCGCCUGUUAAAUCACUACGGCACUUUUGUAAAUGUGGAUAAAAAAUAUUAUAACUGUUAUAAUAUCCGUAGGUGUAGGUGAAGUACUUAUAAUUUAGAUAAAACCCCAAAGGCUUCCACACCCCGUCAAUACUAACCGCACUUUCCGGGAGGUCCGCGCGUGUAAAUCGAUUUGUUUUCCUGUCGCUUUUUUUCCCAUUUCGCAACAGAAGCAAUCCCUUUAUUUUCCUAGUUCGUAGAAUACGUUGUUUUAUUGUGAAAUAGUGGUCUUGUAAAUAGUCGACUAAAAUAGCAGUUUCGGUCUAUGUUAUUGUGAUAGAAUUCCUCUGUACAAAUAAGGUUUUAAAAUAUACGAAAUUAUUUUCC